GGCCAAGAAGAGGUGAGACAGAAAAGAGAACAGUCUAGAACCUGGGAUUUAAUCCUAAUGUAAACUCUGCCACCAGGAUGGAAGGGGAAUCUUUAAACAACGUUACCACUGUCAAUGGCACCCCAGUAAAUCACCAGCCUUUGGAACGCCAUGGGUUAUGGGAAGUCAUCACCAUCGCAGCUGUGACCGCUGUGGUGAGCCUGAUCACCAUUGUGGGCAACGUCUUGGUCAUGAUCUCCUUCAAAGUCAACAGUCAGCUCAAGACAGUUAACAACUAUUACCUGCUCAGCUUAGCCUGUGCAGAUCUCAUCAUUGGCAUCUUCUCCAUGAACCUUUACACCACCUAUAUCCUCAUGGGACGCUGGGCUCUUGGGAGUCUGGCCUGUGACCUUUGGCUUGCACUGGACUAUGUGGCCAGCAAUGCCUCUGUCAUGAACCUUCUGGUGAUCAGUUUUGACCGUUACUUUUCCAUCACAAGACCCCUGACGUAUCGGGCCAAGCGUACCCCAAAGAGGGCUGGUGUCAUGAUUGGCCUGGCCUGGCUGAUUUCCUUCAUCCUCUGGGCCCCAGCGAUCCUCUGCUGGCAGUACUUGGUUGGGAAACGAACGGUCCCACCGGAUGAGUGUCAGAUCCAGUUCCUCUCUGAGCCCACCAUCACAUUUGGCACUGCCAUUGCUGCUUUCUACAUCCCUGUUUCUGUCAUGACCAUCCUCUACUGCCGAAUCUACCGGGAAACAGAGAAGCGAACCAAAGACCUGGCUGACCUCCAGGGCUCUGAUUCCGUGGCCGAAGCUGAGAAAAGAAAGUCAACUCACAGGGCUCUGCUCAGAUCCUGCCUCAGCUGCCCUCGACCUGCCCUGGCCCACAGGGACAGGGACCAGACCUCCUGGUCAUCCUCCCGCAGGAGCACUUCCACCAUAAGGAAGCCGUCCCAGGUCACUGGCCCAAGCACUGACUGGCCCAAAGCUGAGCAGCUCACCACCUGCAGCAGCUACGCCUCCUCAGAAGAUGAGGACAAGCCCACUGCGGAGCCUGUCUUCCAAGUGGUCUACAAAAGGCAGGCCAAGGAAAGCCCAAGGGAAGAAUUCAGUGCCGAAGAGACCAAAGAAACUUUUGUGAAAGCUCAAACUGAACAAAAUGACUAUGACACCCCCAAAUAUUUCCUGUCUCCAGCUGCUGCUCAUAGACCCAAGAGUCAGAAAUGUGUGGCCUAUAAGUUCCGAUUGGUGGUCAAAGCUGAUGGGACCCGGGAGACCAACAAUGGCUGUCACAAAGUGAAAAUCAUGCCCUGCUCCUUCCCAGUGGCCAAGGACCCUUCGACAAAAGGCCUUGACCCCAACCUCAGCCAUCAAAUGACAAAACGAAAGAGAAUGGUCCUCGUCAAAGAGAGGAAAGCGGCCCAGACCUUGAGUGCCAUUCUCCUGGCCUUCAUCAUCACAUGGACCCCUUAUAACAUCAUGGUCCUAGUUUCCACCUUCUGUGACAAGUGUGUCCCAGUCACCCUGUGGCACUUGGGCUAUUGGUUGUGCUAUGUCAAUAGCACCGUCAACCCCAUCUGCUAUGCUCUCUGCAACAGAACCUUCAGGAAGACCUUUAAGAUGUUGCUUCUCUGCCGAUGGGAAAAGAAAAAAGUGGAAGAGAAGUUGUACUGGCAGGGGAACAGCAAGUUACCCUGAGCAGCUCACAGCUCCUCCUGGAAGAAUAAUGACCAUAGCCAACUUCCUCUCAGUGUGGGCAAGCUGAAUUUGGCUUGUUUAUUUUUUGAAAAGACAUCUGCCAUUUUGAGCCCCUGAGGACUUCUGUAAAGGCUGAAGGUCCAUUGCCAAAAGGAAGGAGUCACAGCUGCAGCAAUUUCUGUCACAUUUAAUGAUGCUUGCCCAUAACCAAAGCCACCUGAUGCCACUGGAGGUUGCCAAUGAAGUAAAAAGAGACUUGCCGCCCUUCACAGGAGGAAGCCCACUGGGUCACGAUGAGCAAUGGCUUAAGGAACUUUUGUCACCCUUCUGUGACACCCUGGGGAAGGAUCUGAGCAGGGACCAGGUGGAAACCUUCCCUUGUGGAAAUCUGUCCUAGAGUUUUGUGUAAUAUGUAUGAGUCUAUGAAGUUGUCUUGUGCGGUUGAGAACCGGGAGACCGUAAAUCAGUGUUACCUGUUAACAGAAGUGAUUAUUCAACUGGUUUCUAAGAAUCUAUUUCUUCACAAACUGAUCAAUGUUUAUCACACAGCUAUCAUGUGGUCUAUACUGUGGUAUGUUUUCCUGUCCCUACAUCUGAGUGCAGUGCGGCUCUUUCUCUUCCCUUUUAAAACAGAUGCCAAUUCCUGGUACUCACUGAAACCAUGCUGAUCCCCUUGGAACCAUCCUUCCUCUGAGACUGUGGGGUCCAGAAGGACACAGAAACCUGGUCAUACUCAGUCCUUUAGAGGGACUUCUGUUCUGCUAAUAAAGAUGAUCAAGUCU